UCUUCGACCUACAACUUCAACUUCCAUCUCGGCCGCGAAAUCCAGGCAGAGUGUCGUUUGGUAUUGAAACGACGACAGAUUGAAGAUCAACUCACCCAGUGCGUGUUUCGGUCUCUGUUGAUAUCUACGACCCAACCCAAGAUUCAGGAGUGUUUUGAUUAAGGGUUCAUCAGGAUUGUUAUUUAAUCAAGGCUGAACGACCAUACCUGAUCCUCAUUUAGAAUUUAGAUGGAGCAGGGAUUCUACCCCAAACGGUGCACCAGUAGCGGCUUAGCAGAAACAAUAGCCAGCAUAGAACAAGUCCUUACCGAAAUCCUUGUGCGUGUGCCAGCUAAACCCCUAGUACGCUUCAAGUGCGUCUCCAAGCAUUGGCUUUCUCUUAUUUCCGACCCAAAAUUCUGUCACCGCCACACCCUUCAAAACCCAAAUCCUCCUGUCUCUGCUGUCUUUUGUGACAAAUCCAACCGAAUCUUUUGUUUCAUCCCUAUUGAUUUUGAUCACUUGCGUGGAGCUUGUAGUACUAGUAUUAAUACCAGUAACCAUGAAAUCCAAAACCCAUCUCCGUCUAGCUCACCCCCUUUCAAUCCUCUAAAGUUUGCUCAAAACCAAUAUCAUGCUGACAUCAAAAUCAUCCAGUCCUGCAAUGGCCUCUUCCUGUGUCGUCUACUUUAUUCUCCAAAGCAAGGCCCCCCAUAUUUUAUUUUCAAUCCUACAACCAACCAGUUCUCCACACUUAUUCCUCCAGCUACUGGUGAAGGAGUACAACCUUGUGUCAUCUCUAUUGCUUUGGCUUUUGACCCUUCCAAGUCACCACAUUACAAGGUGGUCUGUCUUCGAACCAUUGAUGGAUCCAUAGACGGCACUAUCUAUCACAUAGUGAUAUAUUCAUCUGAGACUCAAAGUUGGAGGAUUCUCAAUUCAACUUUCAAGAGGGUAUCUUCCAUCCUCUAUUCACGCGUGCUAUACUGGAAUGGAGCAAUUAAUUGGUUAGGCUUUUUUAAUGAUGUAGCGUACUUUCACGUAGAUGAAGAGCGCGACGGUUUUGUUCGUUUACCUCCUCACUUGUAUGAUAGGUUAAAUGAGAGUAGAAAAUAUAGAUACUUUCUGGAGUCUAGUGACGGCCACCAUUUGCAUCUUAUUGAUAUUUUUCGGCAUUCUCUUACUAAAUUUGAAGUGUUGGAGAUGGGAAAAGACUACUCUGGCUGGUUUGUUAAGUACGUUGUUGACCUAGAUCCUAUAUGCCGCAGGCUGACCCCGUCUGAACGAUAUGUUGUUUUAUUUAUAGAUCAAGACAAGAAUGAGGAAGAGGAAAGUUCGUAUCUGUUGCUGCAUACCCCAGGCAAACUCAUAUCUUAUAAUCUUAAGUGCGGGACUUACAAAUCUUUUGAGUUAACUCCCAAGGCCGGAGUAAAGAAUCAUCUCUUACGAGUUGAACCAUCUAAUUUUCGAUAUAUGGAGUCUUUGGCCUUUGUGUGAUACUGUCACCUUGCUGGUGCUGUGUGGUUUCUGCUUCUGGUUGUAAAAUCUUUGUAUUAGAAAAGUCUUAUUAUACAUGUGUUCAUUUGACACUUACAUUUAAGUUCUUAUAAAUGUUAUUCUGUUG